GUAUAAAAACUAAUCCUCGCGCAUCAAUGAGAUUUAAUUAAACAGAAAGAUUAAAUUUUGUGAAUGUUUCCGAAUGCCUUGCUUGGAGUGUGUAACCAAUAUGAGUGACGAUUUCUGCAGUCGUGAAAGUUUAGGUUCGGUGCUACGGGAGGGGAAAACCGUUUUGAUACUCGACUGUCGACCACAGGCCGACUUUAACCGAUCUCAUAUCAAAGGAUCUAUUAACAUUACACUGCCAGGACUAAUGGUCCGACGAUUGAAGAAGGGAAAUCUAAAAAUUCAAUGUGUGAUCCAAAACAACGAAGCCAAAGACAGAUUUAAUAAACUAUGGAAAACUCAUGAUGUUAUCUUAUACGAUCAAAGUUCCACGGAUAACAAUUGCAACACGUCCCAAACUGUAGAUUUAUUAAUGAAAAAACUUCAACAAGAUGGAGCCACAGCUAGAAUUCUAGAUGGAGGCUUUGAAGAGUUUGAGAAAACCUCACGAGACUUGUGCGAGGGGACCAAUAGUACGGACGAUUCGAUAUAUGGUUUAUGUAACUUGAAAAUUUCUGACGACUCUGGAGUUGGAACAUCUGAAUCCGACAACGAUAACGUCAAUUCUCCAUCACCUCGCUCACAAUAUCCAGUGAAAGUGCUACCAUAUCUUUACUUAGGGAAUGCACAGAACUCAGCAGACUUGAAUCAACUUAAAAAAUUUGGAAUUAAAUAUAUUUUAAAUGUGACACCAAACGUACCAAACAAAUUUGAAAUGGACAGUGACUUCAAGUACUUACAGAUCCCAGUGGCGGACCAACUAUCUCAAAAUCUCUCAGCUUUCUUCCCACAAGCAAUUGCUUUCAUAGAUGAAGCAAGAGAAAAUGAAUGUGGUGUAUUGGUGCAUUGUUUGGCGGGAAUUAGCCGAUCUGUGACAGUUACCUGUGCUUACUUAAUGCAAAAACAGCACAUCAGUUUAAAUCAAGCCUAUGACCACGUGAAACAGUGCAAACCAAAUGUAUCGCCUAACUUCAAUUUCUUAGGACAAUUACUCGAAUUUGAAAAAUCCAUUUUGUGCCAAAAUUCCACUCAGUCAGUGAAUGAGUUCCACUUUCAGUGUAAUGACAAUGUAAAAGUUCCUACAACACAGAACUGUGAGGCAGCAACGUGAACUUUUUGAUUGAUAGUUUUUGGUCAAAAUUAAAAAGGACUUAGUGAUCCGCCGAAUGUUAAACAUAGCGGCACCGAGGUCGGCACAGUCGAAGUAGACAAUAUUAUGAAUAGCCCAAGGAAGUCUUUCAGAUUUUGUGUCAUGAACAUGAAUAUUGUACAUCAAAAUAUCUUCAAACGGCAGCUUUUUUGAACAACUUUUCUCUCAUCGGAGAUAAUACAUGCAGUUGUCACGGAAAUUCGACGGGUUCAGGUUGGGGAACGUGCGCACGUUUAUUUCCCGCCAAAAGUGUUCAUUCAUUGACAUUUCAUAGUUUAAUAUCGUUAUCAAAUCAUUCACUUUUGUUAUUCAUUAUUCAUUAUUCAUUGUUGUUAUUACUCUUGAAAAAAAGAGAUUAAAAUGUCUCCAGUUAAAA